UCCCCCAGAAGAUGGAUGGUGUUUGACUUUGACAUAUAUCACUCUGCAAAAUCUCUCUUUAUAACUCAAACACUCUUUUCAAUUCAUCCAAUAAUACCAUAUAUACACUAAUUACUAAAUGCCAACUUCCAUCUCUGCUCUCUCCGCCGCUUCCAUGGCCGCCGCCGAUGCACUUUCCGACCAGCAGAUUAACGAAUUCCGGGAAGCCUUCUGUCUCAUCGACAAGGAUUCUGAUGGUGUGAUUAGCAUGGAGGAGCUUGGGACUGUGCUGCAGUCAUUGCAUGAGCAUCCAACAAUGGAGGAGAUUCAAGAAAUGGUGAACCAGGUUGAUGAUGAUGGUGAUGGGACCUUGAAUUUUCAAGAGUUUCUAAAUAUUAUGGCCAGAAAGCUCAAGGAAGAUGUAGCAGAAGAGCUAAAAGAAGCAUUCAAAGUAUUCGAUCGAGACCAGGAUGGAUUCAUAUCAGCCAUAGAGUUAAGAAAUGUGAUGAUGAAUUUGGGAGAAAGGUUGACUGAUGAGGAAGCAGAGCAGAUGAUUAGAGAGGCAGAUGUAGAUGAAGAUGGUCUUGUUAGCUAUGAGGAAUUUGUUGGGAUGAUGAUGAAAUCCCUCCCUACCUCUUAACUAUAUAUAAGGAAUAUAAUAUAAUAUCAAUACACUUAUUAUUGUAGUUUGAAUAAUUAGGAAAACAAUUCAAUUUUCACUAGAAUAUUUUUUUAAGGUGUUUAAACUUCUUUUAUUGAGAUGUGAUUGUAAUUGAUCUAUUGUUAUUGAUACAUAAUGACAAAAUAAUUUUAUUAGUGUA